UUAUUAAUUGCAAUUUUCCAGUGCAUCGUCUAAAACCGUAUUUCGUUUGAUAUACACAGUACAGUGCACAGUUUCGCUCAAACUAUAUAAAGCAACCUAGAAUCAUCAUAAUCUCAGUGAAGAAAGAUAGUAGACUACAGUUUAGAAGAGAAAUGGAGUCGUUUCGUUAUUCGUUGGCUAUGUUCAUUCUCAUGGCGGUUAUCGGAGCUGGUGACGCCGCAAACGUAACCUACGACGGGAGAUCGCUGAUCAUCGACGGCCAACAUAAGAUCCUUUUCUCCGGCUCAAUCCAUUAUCCUCGCAGCACUCCUCAGAUGUGGCGGUCUCUGAUAGCGAAGGCAAAAUCUGGAGGAAUAGAUGUAAUAGACACAUAUGUGUUCUGGAACAUUCACGAGCCGCAACAAGGCCAGUUCGAUUUCAGUGGACGGCAUGAUAUCGUGAGGUUCAUCAAGGAAAUACAAUCGCAAGGCUUAUAUGUCUGCCUCCGGAUUGGGCCAUUUAUCCAGGGUGAAUGGUCAUAUGGGGGUUUGCCUUUCUGGUUGCAUAAUGUCCAAGGGAUUGUCUUUAGAACAGAUAAUGAGCCAUUCAAGUAUCACAUGAAGAGAUAUGCGCAGAUGAUUGUUAAGCUGAUGAAGUCGGAAAACUUGUAUGCUUCCCAAGGAGGACCGAUCAUACUCUCACAGAUUGAGAACGAAUAUGGAAUGGUAGCUAGAGCUUUUAGACAAGAAGGGAAAUCAUACAUCAAAUGGGCAGCAAAAUUGGCUGUGGAGCUCGAAACAGGAGUGCCAUGGGUCAUGUGCAAGCAAGAUGAUGCCCCUGAUCCUUUGAUUAAUGCUUGCAAUGGGAGGCAAUGUGGUGAAACAUUUAGAGGACCCAAUUCUCCAACCAAACCUGCAAUAUGGACUGAGAACUGGACGAGUUUCUAUCAAACAUAUGGUGAAGAACCGUUGGCAAGGUCAGCUGAGGAUAUAGCAUUUCAGGUUGCUCUUUUCAUCGCUAAGAAUGGAAGUUUUGUAAACUACUACAUGUUUCAUGGAGGAACAAACUUCGGAAGAAAUGCUUCGCAGUUUGUAGCCACCAGCUACUAUGAUCAGGCUCCACUUGAUGAAUAUGGAUUACUUAGGCAACCAAAAUGGGGACACCUUAAGGAGUUGCAUGCUGCAGUAAAGUUGUGUGAAAGGCCUCUACUUUCUGGAUUGCGAACUACAAUAUCUCUUGGGAAGUUACAAACUGCUUUUGUGUUUGGGAAGAAUGCCGACCAAUGCGCUGCCUUACUCGUGAACCAAGACAAAAACGAUUCUACUGUGAAGUUUCUUAAUUCUUCAUACCUUUUAUCUCCAAAAUCUAUAAGCGUGCUGCCAGACUGCAAGAAUGUAGCCUUCAACACUGCCAAGGUCAAUGCGCAAUACAACACGAGAACCAGGGAACCAAGACAAAACUUGUCUUCUCCUCACAUGUGGGAGGUGUUUACAGAAACUGUCCCGAGUUUCAGUGAAACGUCAAUAAGAUCAGAAUCCUUGCUUGAGCACAUGAACACAACACAGGAUACUUCGGACUAUAUGUGGCAAAUAUUUAGGUUUCAACAACUCGAACCAGCUUCAUCAAUUCUUAAAGUCAACCACAUUGGACAUGUUCUACACGCAUUUCUAAAUGGGAUAUUCAUAGGUUCUAUGCACGGAGCUUUCAAAGCGCAGAGAUUUUCGCUAGAGAAAAAUGUGUCAUUGAUAAAUGGUACAAAUAGCAUCGCAUUACUCAGCGUAAUGGUAGGGUUACCGGUGAGCCUCAAUCUUUUCUUCUGGACUUGUAUAAUAUUUGCUCCAAACAGAGGUACUUCUACAGGUGUAUCCGUAGCGAGUAUCAAAUCACCGUCUCAAGGUGUUUCUCUUUGGAUCACAGAAUUCAGGAGCACAUCUAGAAAGGAGAGUUGGGGGAUCACGGAGCGUAAAGAUUUGGAAUGGAAAACAUGCACUGUACUUCAACAAAUAUACCUGGGGGUUGGGCUGCAUGGGGAGCAAGUACAUGUUUACACAGAUCCUGGGGCGGCCAAAGUACAGUGGAAGCAGUACAGAGACUACAAAACUCAGCCUCUAACUUGGUACAAGGCUUCAUUUGACACACCAGAGGGGAAAUAUCCUGUGGCCUUGAACUUAGGAUCAAUGGGAAAAGGAGAAGCUUGGGUGAAUGGCCAGAGUAUCGGUCGGUACUGGGUCUCAUUCCAUACUUCCAAGGGGAACCCUUCUCAGAGAUGGUACCAUAUACCGAGAUCUUUUCUGAAACCCAAGAGAAACUUAUUAGUCAUUAUGGAAGAAGAAAGAGCAGUGAAUCCACUUGGCAUAACUAUAGACACAGUGUCAGCCACCGAAGUCUGUGGUCAUGUCUCCAGUUCACAUCCGCCUCCUGUGGUUUCUUGGAAAAGAAAAAGACACAGCCGAAAUGAACGCAGACAUGUAAAACACCAGUAUGAUAGGAGGCCUAAGGUUCAACUCCAGUGUUCUCAUGGCAAGAAAAUUUCGAAAGUUUUGUUUGCAAGCUUUGGUACUCCAAAUGGAAAUUGUUGGAGCUAUUCUCUUGGAAAAUGUCACUCACCCAAAUCUUUAGCUGUUGUACAGAAGGCUUGUCUGAGCAAGAGUAGGUGUUCUGUUCCAGUAUGGAGCAAGACAUUUGGUGGUGAUUCAUGCCCACACACUGUUAAAUCCCUGCUUGUUCAUGCUCAGUGCUCAUGAAUAGAUUUCUCUUUCUGUUGUUUGUUUCUUACGUAUUACAAAGUAAAUCAAUUCAAAUAUUACAAAAGUAGAAUACAAAGUUUGAAUUCCAGAGGAAACAUGAAUAAAUAAAUAAUAAUCUUCUUCAUUCAUGUUAAGUUAUUUUAACAUAUAUAACCCAUCAAAUCAGAUGAACUGGAUGUUGCACUUUGAUGAAACUCUUGGGAGAAUCAGCAGUUCCGCUCUCAAGACCUCACUAUUGUGGUUGUCUGCGUCAAACCCCACUUUCACAGUUUCAAAACAUUUCAAAUUACCCAAGAAAUGUCUCAUCUGCUUCCGCUCUUGUGAAGAAGAGCUGUAAUCUGAUAUCUCUAGCACCUUCACUUGACAUGUCCUUAAACAACAUACUUCCUCCUCCACUUGACAUGUCCUUACACAACAUACUUCCUCCUCCUCUUGACAUUUCCGACAUCUCAUUAAACAACAACCUUUCUUCUUCUUCUUCUUCUUCUUCUUCUUCUUCUUCUUCUUCUUCUUCUUCUUCUUCUGCUUUUCAGGGAAAGCUUUCUUCUUCUGCUAGUCUUUUCCUGCGUCUAACUUGCCUAGUAUUUUCCUGCGUCUCGCCGGUUGCUUGAGCUGCACUGAAUUUGGAACAUAAGGGCACGCGAGUUUGACAGGGACGCGAGUGUGACAGCGUCGACAUUGGCAGGUUUUUUUUGAGAUCAUCCUCGAGAGCCGGUUCCCGCGUUAAUGGUGGCUUCGCGGUGUUGAUCCUUUUGCCGGUUCCCGCAAAUCGCUGCUCCAACAUGGUUUGGUAAACUAACCCGUCUAGUCUUUUCCUGCGUCUCGCCGGUUGCUUGAGCUGCACUGAACUCGGAACAUAAGGGCACGCGAGUGUGACAGGGCACGUGAGAGCGUCGACGUUGACAGGUUUUCCGAGAUCCAAUACUCUAACGGAUCCAGAGUAUCCAAUGAUGGUAACUGUGGCACGACCUAACCUUGUAUGAAAAAUCAGGGCGACUUUCUUCGCCUCGUCAAUGAAGAAACUCUCAUAAAUAGGCACAUUCGGAACCACAGUCAAGAGCUUGCUCCACGAUAUCUCCUUGCCGGCCUCAAUCUUGGCCGUAAUCCAUAUCUCAAUCUCCGAGGGCUGGUCACUAGUGUGGUAACACAAAGCUGCGAGCUUCUCUUCUAACACAAGACAGAGUCACACGCCCAAAAUAUGCACACACAGGUCUAGACGGCAGAGGCAGAGGCGGUCCAAAUCUCUCCCUCGUAAAAUCAAAACAGAUUAUGUGAUCGAGGCGUUCAUAGAAACACCUCGCGGUCCUUCUUGAAGCAACCCAGUAUGUGUUUCCCUUGAGAGAGACGCCAAAGCUACCAGUCAUUAUACGCCAGCGUGGAGGGACAUCAAGAGUUUUCCACAAAUCAGAGUCAAAAUCAUAUAUUUCGUAAACUGACUCCACAUUAUCAUCUAUAAACCUCAGUAGUUUGUGGCGACGACCAGAUUUAACCUUCUCGUAUCCGAGAGCGUAACUGUACAGUCCGUAAGAAAAUUGUGGGAGGACCAACCUGGGUUCGUACAAUCUGGCUUGGUCCCAGCUGGAUGAGUCGGACCUGGUUUGCGAUCUGGGUUGGAUCCACCUGGUUUGCCCCCAAUACGGAUUCCAAACCACAACCCUAGUGUCGUCUUUCAAGAUGCAUAACAACAAGCCCUCGCAGUGACUGACUUGAGAGAACCUGAUUGCCUCACCUGAAUCGUUGAGGCAAGCAAGUUCGCCAUCAAGCUCUGUAGAUGGAGGAUCGUCGUCAUCGUCAACGACGACACUCAUUGAAUAAAGUUUGUGAUCCAUCAUCACGACCACCCGAGACUCCCCUUCCCGUGCUUCUCCUAAUUUACCAAUGUGCAACUCCGUAAAGAUCCGGCUUUUGGAUAAAGCUUCCAACUUUUUACAAGUUAGCCGCACUGCUCCCAUAUCCUUCAACGGAAUUCGAGACAUAAUCCCCUCCAUCAAAUCCCUUGGAAGACUGGAGAUCGUCGCCGUCAUCUUCUCAAGCUGUGAAUCCCUUCUUCUUCUUCUUCUUUUCUUUUCCUAGAUAUCAAACGAAACCCUCAAAACUGAUAUCAAAACAACCCACGCAGCUGGAAUCUGUGUAUGAUGGAUUUGUAUGUGGAGAAGGUUUAAAAGAAAAAAAAACGGUUUAUAUGGAAAAAAAAGGAAAUAUCUUGGGUAGUCUCAGCAUCCAAUGCAAAAUUGAGCAGGAAUUAUUAUUCAUCACUGCCUUAAUCAACGUCAUUCUCAUGAACAUCCGAUUUUGGGAACCUCUUUUCGAGCCAUGACCGGUUUAAUCUUCAUGACUCUUCUACAUCUCUCUUCUAUUCCCUCUCUCAUUCUCUUAUGCAGCUCUUCACCAAGUGUAUUCGCCAUUCCUUCUGAGCUCAGAGCAUCCAACACCAACUUACAUGUAUACUCUCUCGGAACUAACCCGACCUCCACCAUCUCCACCAUCAAAUCCCGAGCCUCACCCGCUCUCCUGGCCUCAACAAGCGCGUGUAUAAGCGGCGUGUACGUGCUUGAACCAGGUACACCGUGACCCAUCUUCUUCAUCGUCCUCAUCAUUUCAACCGCACGUUCUAUCUCAUUGGUAACACUGUAAUACCUUAUGAAAGAAUUAUAAGUCACCUGGUUCGGGACACACUCCCUCUGCUUCAUAUCUUCAAACAGCUCCAGAGCCCGACCAAUCCGAUUCGUUUUGCAACAUCCAUCGAUCAAGCAAUUGUAAGUCACCACAUCGGGUACGAACCCUCUGAACAGCAUCUCCCUAAACAUUCGAUUCGCUUCCCACAUUCUCCUCCUUAUCGCCUUUCUACAUCCGGUUUGCAUCCCAUAUCUACAGUACGAGCUUAUCAAGAUAGUGUAGGUAUAGGUGUCGGGUGGGUAUCGAAAACCCGGUAAUUGCAUCUGAUCCAACAAAAAUCGAGCCUUUUUGAAAUUCCCAACUCGGCAAAGAGCGUUGAUUACUGUGUUGUAGGCGUAAACAUCGGGUUUGCAAUGAUACUCCUUCAUCCUAUAAAAGGUAGCUAAUGCCUCUUUCACGAAGCCUUCUUCUCCUAGGCAUUUCAUCAAACAGGUUAUAGACGCUGUGGUAACCACAUUUCGUCCGUUCUCUCUUCUCGAUACUUGCCGGAGAAAUUCCCAGAGACCUUUAAAGUCGCUGCCUUUGGCCAACAGACAAGCCAUAUCUCUGCAGGUGAUCUCGUUAUGAUCGAAACCGAAAUGGGUCUCGACCCAAAAGAAGAACUCCAUUGCUUUCUGCAACCCGAGAGAUACUUUCUUAGGAUCCAUAUACGCGCCGGGACCCAGAACAAGGACUUCAGAACGGCGUCGUUGUGACUCGUCACGGAGGUUCCUCUGUUUCAACGGAGACCGGUGACGAAACCCCUUUUGCCGACCGAUGGAUCGUGGGGAGGUGAAGAAGAAUCUGGGAAUCGAUCGGAGGACAUCGGAGACGAGCUGCUGACUCCACGGACUAGAGACAGUCGCAGAGGCGAGUACCGCAUCGAAUGGGCGGUUCUGGAUCAUGGCGGCGAUGAGCUGAUCGAUGAUGCGGUUGCUCAGCUGUGACUGUCUCAUGGUGUUUCUGAAACUUUCUAAACUUUAAAUUUCGUUGCAAGUACAUAUACAAAGCUAAAAUAACACGAUUUCUCUUAACCUACGGGUGAUAAUUCUCUUUACAUCAUUUCUUUUUUUACGGAUUCUGGAUCGGUUAAAUUUUGUUGUUAUCUCUUGUGUUUCUGAGGCUUCUCGGUUGUUUUUAGUUUAGCUUAAGACGUCGGAUCCGAAAAAGUGCAGUUUGGAUCCUCCAACUGGCGUUGUUAUUCCAGGGACCUACGCUGCAGUUCGUGGUC